CCUCCUGAAGCUUUCCCACCCAGAACGGGUGUGGGGUCAGAGCAGGAGAGCUCCGUGUUACACGGGAUUGCAGUAGCAUGGAAGGGAAUUCUUCCUAAUGGACAACUGCUGAGCACACCAGGAUUCUCCAGGAAGAUUUUGGAGCCACGUCGGGCUGGAAUCAUGUUAAACAAACCAGUGCUGGUGGAAUCCCUGCUCGUCUUCACCAUCGUCCUCCUGCUGCACCUGGUGGUGUGGGACAGGUACUCCUGGUGUGCCCUGGCCCUGGCCCUCCAGGCUUUUUAUGUCCAGUUCAAAUGGGAUCAUCUCCUCCAGCUGGGGGGAGCUGUGUUCCAGUUCCGUACAGGAGCCAACAGCGGCCUCCUCCCUGCCAGCAUGGUCAUCCCCUUGCUGGGAAUAGUGAUGAAGGAGAGGUGCAGGUCUGCUGGCAUUGUCUACUUCGAACGUUUUGGGAUCGUGGUGGCCUCCACGGGCAUGCUGGUUGCUCUCUUUCUGUCUGUCAUAGCAGUGGGUGUCACAAAACCCGUGCCCACCAACACCUGCAUCCUGACUGGUGUUGCUGGCAGUGUAAUUAUCUACACCAUGAAGCACUCUCUGACUGUUUCAGAAGUGAUCGAGGUCCUAGAAGUGCUGCUCAUCUUUGUCUACCUCAGCAUGAUCCUGCUGUACCUGCUGCCCCGAUGUUUUACUCCUGGAGAAGCACUGCUGGUUCUGGGAGGUACCAGUUUUGUUCUCAAUCAGCUCAUUAAACGCUCACUGAAUGUAGUGGAGGGCAGAGGGGAUCCCAUUGACUUCUUCCUCCUGGUAGCAGUUGUUGGAGUCGUUCUCCUUGGGCUUUUUUUCACCGUGCUCUUCAUUUUCAUGGAUUCCUGCACCUGGAUCUCCUCCAUGUUUUUCCAUAUGAUGACAGCAGUGCUUGGCUUAGGGGUGAUCAUGCCUUGGUUGUACCGACUGAUCCAGAGGAACCCUUUGUUCUGGCUGCUCCAGUUUCUCUUUCAGACACAGGCCAGAGUUUACCUUCUGCUCUACUGGACCUUUUUGGCUGCUUCAGCAUGCGGUGUGGUUUUCUAUCAGAAUGCUAAGAGAUCAUCUGAAUGUAAAAAACACCAGGCCUCAACUGUAACCAGGAAAUAUUUCCAUUUCAUUGUUGUAGCUACUUAUGUUCCUGGACUCAUUUACGACCGACAGCUUCUCCACGUUGCUGCAGUUCUGUGUCUGGCAGUUUUUAUCUUCUUAGAGUACAUUCGGUACUUCAGGAUCAAACCCUUUGGCCAAACCCUCAGGCAAUUGCUGUCUCUCUUCUUGGAUGAAAGAGACAGUGGACCUCUCAUCCUGACUCAUAUUUACCUCCUCCUUGGCAUGUCCCUCCCAGUGUGGUUGUUCCCCAGAUCUUGUGCUCCUAAGGGUACCUUGCCUGGGGUGGGAGCACUGGCCCCCUACUCUGGGGUGCUGGCAGUAGGGGUAGGAGACACCAUUGCCUCUGUUUUUGGCAGCACAAUGGGGGAAAUCAAAUGGCCAGGAACAAAGAAGACUGUUGAAGGGACCAUGACAGCUAUUUUUGCUCAGAUCAUUGCUGUGGCUCUUAUUCUGAUCUUUGACAGCAGUGUGAAUCUGAACUCCAGCUAUGCCUGGAUUCUGGUGUCUGUGACCUUAGUUUCUCUGCUGGAAGCUUACACAACCCAGAUUGAUAAUCUGCUGUUGCCCCUCUACCUCCAGAUCAUGUUUAUGGCAUAGAAGCACUUUCAGGAACAAGUAUUUCUCUAAAAAGGUGGUAAUAUGCACUGUAAUGAGAGCUCAGAGCUGCUCUUGGUGCAGCAGACAAAAUUGUUGAAGAGAGAAAUGAAAAAGACCUAUUUAAAAUAAAGGGUUUCUUUUGGUCUCAUUUUCUCCCCCAUUUGAAACAGAAUAUAAAUGUGACUUGUACACUGAUUAAACACAAAUGCUAUUUUCAAGUCUCUUCUGGGUGCUCAGAGGUAGAGGGAGAAGAGGUUAAGUGGAUGAGAGAAAACAAAAGUAAGCAAACCUCUCAGAGGUGGUGCCACCUCUCUGUUGCAUCAGAGCCAAAACUUGUUUUACUGCCCUGAGCCCUGCCAACUCCUCACCUCUGUGUGAGCACCAUUUAAAGCAUGUUUUAUAAUAAGAGUGGCCACCCUCUACACCAAGGGAGGACAAGUGUCCCAGCACCAUCACCUAGAGCCACACUGGCACCAAGUGAUGCAUGAACACAGCUCCAAACUCACAGGCUCUAGAGCUGAGUCUACCCAGGGCAGGUGCAGGAGAUCUGGGAACAUAAAGAGACUGUUUCUUCCAAACAGUACUAACAAGAAGGUUGCAGUUUUAGCCCUGGAGGUUUAUGCAACAAGAAAAAAAAACUGCUUUAUCUUCAACAUUUUAAUUUCUAAAUCCAUUUGGAAUAAUUAAUAGUGGGGAAAGACCAGGCAAAGUCACAAAGAACUAAUUACAUCUGACAAAAGCAGAAGCUGUUGAAGUCAAUAAACUUUUCUAAUAACUGUUGCAGUU